AUGGAUGAGAGAAGUGAUGCUGAUAAACUUGAUGAAGUGUUGCUACCAGGGUUUCGAUUUCACCCAACUGAUGAGGAGCUUGUUGGGUUUUAUUUGAAGAGAAAGAUCCAGCACCGACCUCUCUCUAUCGAGCUCAUCAAGCAGCUUGAUAUCUAUAAAUAUGAUCCAUGGGAUCUUCCAAAGUUGGCCACCACCGGAGAAAAAGAGUGGUAUUUCUAUUGCCCUAGGGACAGGAAGUACAGAAACAGUGCGCGGCCUAACCGGGUGACCGGAGCAGGGUUUUGGAAAGCCACGGGAACUGACAGGCCGAUUUACUCCUCUGAAGGCUCCAAGUGCAUUGGCUUGAAGAAAUCCCUUGUUUUCUACAAAGGUAGAGCUGCCAAAGGGGUCAAAACUGACUGGAUGAUGCAUGAGUUUCGGUUACCUUCACUCUCCGACUCAACACCGCCAAAGAGAUUCCUCGACAAAACCAUUCCUGCCAACGACUUGUGGGCAAUAUGCAGGAUAUUCAAGAAAGCUAAUUCCACAACCCAAAGAGCCCUCUCCCACUCUUGGGUCUCUCCACUACCAGAAACUAACACAAAUGAUCACAUGCUAGCCAAAGGAUCACAGUGUACUCAAUUCAGUUCUCAACAAACCAGCUGCUCGCCCAUUCAGUUCUCUAUUAACAAUGACAUGAUCUCUGCAUUUUCUCCCCUAGAUUUUGCAUCAUACAAAUCCUUAAACCAAAUAGUUGAUAAAUCCCCUCAACUCCCCAUCUCGAGUACUACUGGAGACCUACCCUCAAGCUUCUUUUUUUCUCCUCUAGAAACUUCAAUGCCGGCUAAAUGCACAGUUGAUCUUUCUUCCAUGCUGUUAAACAUGCCAUCUUCAAUGCUUGGAGAUUUUGGAACCAAGGCCACUGCUGACAGCAUAGAUCACUAUGGUGGAGUACCACAAGAACAUAAUUGCAAUGGCUUCUCAAUCAACUUACUUCAAGAUCACAUGCAAGGUGAGCAUGCCAACGGCUUGAUCAUGAAGAAUCCUAAUCUAAUGCAUAGUACAGAUGAGCAGUGGGAGACCGUCCGAUCCAUUGGAUUUCCGUUCAGUUUGCCUUCCAAUGCCGAUGCUUGGAAGCCGAACUUAGUGUGGGAUUCUUCACCAUGUCCUAGUGAAUUGUCAACAAGUUUUUCGACGACCAAGAGCUAUACUUAA